UUACUUUAUUUUCAGAACUUUAACCUCACUAUUAAAUAUGAGUCGUGACGAAGAAUAUGAUUAUUUGUUCAAAGUGGUACUGAUCGGUGAUUCCGGCGUCGGCAAGACGAACCUGUUGGGUCGCUUUACGCGUAAUGAGUUCAAUCUUGAAAGCAAAAGUACCAUUGGCGUUGAAUUUGCUACCCGAAGUAUUCAAGUGGACAAUAAGGUGAUCAAGGCACAGAUUUGGGAUACAGCUGGUCAGGAAAGAUACCGUGCUAUUACGAGUGCAUACUAUCGCGGAGCUGUAGGCGCAUUAUUGGUGUAUGACAUCUCGAAGCAUUCGACCUAUGAAAGUGUUGGGCGCUGGUUGAAGGAACUUCGUGAUCAUGCAGAUUCCAACAUUGUCAUCAUGUUGGUCGGAAACAAGAGUGAUUUGCGCCAUUUGAGAGCGGUUCCAACUGACGAUGCGAAGCAAUUUGCUGCCGAAAAUGGUCUUUCAUUUAUUGAGACAUCCGCUUUGGAUGCUACCAAUGUUGAACUUUCGUUCCAACGUAUCUUGACUGAAAUCUACCGCAUCGCAUCCAACAAAGCGCUCGAAUCCUCCAACAACCCUAUUAAGCCUACAGGUGGUCAAACAAUCUUGGUGUCUCAAUCACCUGAAGAGCAAAAGCAGGGCGGAUGCUGUUAAAAGUUUUCAUAAUACCCUUAUGCUUGAUAUUCCUUCUUAUGUUUAUUUUUCCUUUUCUUCUUCUGUUCAUUUCUUUUGAUUAAAUGAUAGCAACUAUAAAUGUUUCCACUAUUCGUAUGGAUACGUUUUUGAAUAACAAGCCGUACAACCCGCUGUGCAAUGGAUGCCACCUGCUACUGGAUGCCGCACUCUUACAUUGAGCGACAUUCGUCAGACAAAAAGCCUAACGCAAUACGGC